ACAAACAAAGCACAAGAUAUCUUGGCGUUCAAUUACGUGCAAGGAGUGCCUUAACAGACACAACUUGAUGGCCAAAAUAAUUUCAAAGGAUAUGUGAAAAGCAAGAAGUAGCAACCAGAUCAAAUAAAUAUGGCUGAACUGAACAUCCAUUUCCCACAAACAGUAUGGCUCAACAUAAUCCGGACCCUAUGCUGUCAGCUAUUGCUGUCCUUUCUGGCAAUGACCAGGCAGAAAAUAGCGUUCGACUCACCGUCGAACGACAUGAAGAUGAAGAAAUACAAGAUUCAUGGAGUAGUUUUGCAGAAUCAGAAUCACAGGCAAGAGGAGAAGAGCGGCCUGACAAGAAAAUAACUCUGUUUGCCUUAAGGCUGGCCCUUUUGGAGAAGGCUGCGAGCGUGCUGGGAACUCUGGGCUUCAUCUGGGCCACCGUUGUCCUCCUCGGAGGCUUCGCAAUUACUUUAGAAAGGGCGGACUUCUGGUUCAUCACGACUAUACUCGUAAUUGAAAGCACGCGAAUCUUUAGCCGCAGCCACGAGCUCGAAUGGCAGCACGAGACUACGCUGUCCGUGGCGGAUCUCAAGAAGGACGCAAAACUGGCAAGCUGCAGAUUUUACAGGGCUUCCUGCUCUUUUCUCGAGCCUAUUUUGAGACCCUUUUCGGCCUUCAAAAUAAGCAAAGGUGAAGACAAUAAUAAUAAUAACAGAGCGCCACAGAGUGCAAAUUCUUCCGAUCAAGGUGUAUUGCGAAGAUGGUCUUCUUCGAAUGUUCAGUUGCUGCCUUAUGCCAGAUGGUUUUCUGUUUCCAAGGAGGUGAGCAAGCUGCUUUUUUGGUCACAGCUGUUGUCCGCUAUGACAUGCGUGGUGCUGUCUGUGUACAGACUCGCCGAGCAGGACUUUGGCGUGGUGUCGGGCAGCGAUAAGAAGAAUCGGAGAUCCGCCUUGAAUAUCUUCUACGGGCUGUCCUUGGCCGAGGCGCUUUUGUUCUUGCUGGAGAAGGCCUAUUGGCAAUGGAAGAUUAUUGCAGGAAAACUCUUAGUCGAGGUGAACCAAGAAUACGGGUUCGACCCCCCGGAAGUCCCCGCGGUUCGGCGGUUUUUCUACGACGCAUAUUUCCGGUGCGUCAAUGGCAGCGUUUUCGACGGUUUGAAGAUGGACUUGGUGUCCUUUAGCGUAGAGCUUCUCAAGUCCGGUUCCGCCCAUGGUCAGGUGACCGGCGCUCGCCUGUUAUCUUCAUUUCUCAAGGACCGUCGCUUUGAGCAAGAGACGCUGAGGACGAUAGGGGCUAUGCCGGAUUUGGUCGGGCGCCUGGUCGAAAUGCUGAAUUGGAGGAACCCUCGCGAGCAAGAGAUUCGCAGAGCGGCGGCUGAGAUUAUUUCUUGUCUUGUGAAAGAGAAGCGGAAUUCCCUUCGAGUAGCCCGGAUCCCUGGGGCUUUACACUCAAUUACUUCACUGCUUCGUGAACCGCAAGGGGAAAUCCAGCCGUAUGACUACUUAGGUUUUAGUCUGUUAGGGCUUCAGAUCCUCAAUAAUUUAGCAAAGCACCCUGGAAAUUGUGGCAAGAUCGGAAGCAACGAAAAGCUUCUGCUGAGGAUCAAUGAAUUUACAGAUAUAAAGGUAAAUUUUGAGUCCGAAGCACGAAUUCAAAAUGUAAAGCUAUCUCUGAUUUUGCUGAAAAUGCUUGCUAGCACUAAGGGCGCAGCAGGGGAAGUGUUGAGAAAACGGUUCCUGGAAAUUGUCUUCACAAUAAGCAAUCUAAGAGAUGUUCUUUUGUACCGAGGAAUCAAUCAUGUGCAGCUACAAACCCUAGCUGCUGAGACUCUGUCGAACCUUGCUAUGGAAGAUGAGGGCAGAGUGAGCAUCGGAAGCACUGGCGGAGUGAUGGAUGUUCUCUUUUCUCUAUUUUUCACGCACAGUGACGAGGAGACAAAGAAGCUGGUUUCCAAGGCCGGUGAAGCCCUUACCCUGCUCUCUCUUGAAAAUAAACAGAACUGCCGAUCAAUGAUAAAGCUUAAAAGCAGUCAAUGUGGCGACUGCGACAAUGUGAUCACAGUCUUGAUCGCUGCGCUAAGUGAUUCUUUUCAGGGAGUACACGCAGCAAGAAUCCUUCGAAACAUUUGUGAGUACGCCGAAACAGAUCAUGAGCAACUAAGGGAAGUCUCUGCUGCAGCGGCGAAGGUGGUGAAGCUUGUACUGGAAGAACAAGGCACAUUUCAGGAAGCAAGCAUGGGACUGGCGGCUCAAAUCUUCAAAUUCCUCAGCAAAACAGAUAUGGAUUCUGUGUUUGAAGAAGCAGCGACGACAAAGGAUGCGCUCCUAAUGCAUUUAGUGGAGAUCUUGCGUAGUCACUCGCGUCCAUCGACUAGCUUUCCCAAUAUUAGGAGAUUUUGCAUUGAGCUUGCGAUUUCAGUGCUUCAAAAGGACAAAGAAUGUUUUGGCAUGGAAAAACUAGUAUUGAAGGCUGCUGUGGAGAACGUAAUGGAAACGACAUCGGAGAUAGAGAGGUACAGUAUCUUAUCAGGGAGCAUAGGCCUCGCCAGACACCGCAUCACCAUUCAUUCUCUCCUACAAACCGCCUUAAGAUUGCUUUCUGCUUAAUAAAUAAACUGGAAUUCCAAAUUUAUGUAAUAAGAUGUCUGCAGUAUUAUAGAGUUUCUAUCAGAUGAAUCAGGGUUCAAAUUCAGAGUGACAUAAACGAAGCUUCGACUUUUCUCAAGCAUUGUUAUGGAGGAAAUGCUUUUUCACAUAAAUAAAGCUGGGCUUCCAUGAUGGAACACGCAGCUUGUUAAAUUCGACACUGUAAGCAGUAUAGUCCUGGAAAUAUUGGCGGUGUAUACCAUUGACUACUAAAUUGCAGGGUAUAAAUCGACCCGUUCCUGUCAUGUAAGAAAACCGUAUUUAACUAAAUAAUAUUAUUAAGAGAUGCCUAUUUUUCA